UGUCUUGUUAUCUUUACACUAUCAGCAGCAUAUUUUUAUCUCUAACGGAUGAACCGAUUAAACUAAAUCGAUUCGGAUAGACGACCGAAUGAUUUAUAGGUGAAAGAAUUCGAAAGCGCAACGGAUCACACUUUUUGUAGGAGGUAAACGGGAGUCUUUGUGCACCGUAACCGAGUACCUUUUUUCCCCUUUCUACUUCCUACAACUAUAAAACAUUGUUUUAUAGAAAGAAAAAUGAAUGAAUCCAAAUUUCAUACAGAUCCUCCAUUAACGUAGUACUGAUCCUUUCAUUUCCUCAUUCAUUCAAUUGAUUUAAAAAAUGUAAACUUCUUUACAAAAGAUUAUGCAACACACCUGUAACAUUUGUUUAGUUAUUGAAUAUUAAUAAAAAACAAAAGUUAGACAGGCGUUAUUGUGUAUGUAGGUAAUUAAGUUAGCUCAGAGAAUCGAACUAAUGCCCAACAAAUGAGAUUAAACUUCGAUUUAAUACAAUUACUAGGGCAGCAGGGUAGACGAUGCUGAGGCUUCUUUCACAUUUUGAUGAAAAUUUGCUCGUAGUAUCCGCACGUCCAUCAUCGUCACUGUUUCAUUUUCAGACAAUUUUCAAACAACCCAGCAGUCAGUCAGAAGAUGGGGAAGGAUGAUGCGGAAACGGUGGCCUUGAAGAAGGAACUGGAGGAUCUGAUCAACAAAUGCAAGGAGGAUCAAAAGAAGCAACAGGAUACCACUUUGGAGGAGGCAUGCAGCGGUGUAGCGGACGCUCCAAAAGUUAAAUUAUCAACGAAAAAAUUACUUAAAGGACAUAUCAACAAGGUGAACUCGGUGCAUUACAGUGGUGACAGUAGACAUUGCGUGACAGGCUCGUUAGAUGGAAAAUUAAUUAUCUGGGACUCCUGGACCGGAAACAAGGUUCAGGUGAUUCCAUUACGUUCAGCAUGGGUGAUGUCGGUGGCUUUUGCACCGUCAGGAAAUUUCGUUGCAUGCGGCGGUAUGGACAAUAUGUGCACCAUCUAUGACGUGAAUAAUCGUGAUGCCACAGGCUCGGCUAAGAUCGUUAGAGAAUUACUUGGCUACGAAGGUUUCCUCUCGUCCUGUAGAUUUUUUGAAGACAAGAAGAUCAUAACCGGCUCUGGUGACAUGAAAAUCUGUAUAUGGGAUUUGGAGGCAAACAAGAAAACGACAGAUUUCUGUGGCCACGCUGGAGACGUGGUUAGCAUCAGUCUAGCCCCAGAUGGGAACACAUAUGUUACAGGAUCAGUUGACAGAACAUGUAAGCUGUGGGAUGUAAGGGAGGAGACUGCGCAUCAAACCUUUUUUGGACACGAGGCUGACGUGAACUCGGUUUGCUUUCAUCCUUCGGGACAAGCUUUCGUGACAGCCUCAGAGGACAAGACAGCAAGAUUGUGGGACCUGAGAUCGGAUCAGCAGCUGGCUACGUUUAAGCCACCGAGUGCAACUCCUGGAUACACAUCCUGCGGUUUAUCCUUUAGCGGUAGAUUCAUAUUUUGUGGAAGCGAUGACAAUACUAUCCACAUAUGGGAUACGUUAAAGAACCAGCACAACGGCGUUUUGUCGGGCCACGAGAAUCGAGUAACGUCGUUAAGCGUUGCUGGAAAUGGUAUGGCUGUUGCUAGCUGCUCCUGGGACCAGAACGUUCGAAUUUGGGUGUAAAGUUUGGAGAAAUGUUAUCAACAUCCAUCCAAGGAUCUCAAAAAUGAAAGGAUGAAUAGAAAAAUAAUGAUAAAACGUUUUGCACUUGUUCUUCACUAUCUGACCAAAGUUUUUGAUACGUGGAAAAAGCAGGUCCUAUAUAGAUUCUACAAAGAAAUUAUACAUUAUACAUAUUAAAUUAAAUGAUUAUAUGAUAUGAUAAAAUAUUAAUUUAUAUUCAUAAAUGCCUAUAGGAUAUGCUGAGGUAUAGAGAUAAUUCUCUAUACAUCUAUCCAAAAAAAAGGAGCAUUAGUUACUGAAGUUUCAAUUCUGACGUUCUCCUUUUCUUUUUUUUAACUGAAAAAUAAAGAAUAUUAGAAAAAAAGAUAUAAACAGAAUACAUUAUAAAAUAUGAUUAUAACUAACUGAAUGAAUUAUGAUAUAAAAUAUAUACACACGUUGAUCGUUUUUUUUCCAGUUAUAUUAUUUGCGAGUUCUCUGCAUUUAUAAAUGGUGCGCAUGAUAUUCACAAAGAAAAAUUCGAACUUUAAACAGCGUAUUUCAAAAUAUGGUUAUUACAUUUUCCGAAAUGUAUUCAUUUUUUUUUUUGGGUAUUUGCAUCUUCAAUUCUAUUCGAUAGCAUUAUAUUGUGAUUUACAGUAGUAUCAUUUUAUUUCUACAUUAUACAGAUAACAUGUCUCUUUAUCGAUACUGCUGAGUGCUUCAAAAAAAAAAAAAAAUAAAUAAAAAAGAAAGAGAAGGGAUUUUUACCUGCGUUACUAAUACUUAAAGAUUUGGUAUUCGUUAAGAGUAAAGCUCGAGGAUUAAAAUGUGCUUCGUUAAUGUAGCAACGAACCUUAGGUGCGGAUCUGUUCGACUUAAUCCUCGUCGCUGUAAACCUAGGCCAGUAGCUACAUUAAAUGUAUAACAUAAUACAUAUAGAUUUAUGUAUUCGAUAUACAUGCUACUGUAUACUUGAACGAACUGAUUAUUACAAAUUGGUUUGAUCCACGGUCAAUAAAUUACACCUAUCACAAUA